CUAUUUAGCACUCCAUGGUUCUGAAUCGCUUUAGACCACUUUUGUUACAGCAUCGUUAACUGAAUUUACUCUGCCCAGUAUACUGGCGCACUUGUGCAGAUCGGGGCAAACUACGACGUUUAACAAGAUGGGUUAAAUCGUGUUGCACUAUUUUUGUGUUAUAUAUCUGCCGUAUUCCUGUAUUACUUUAAUGUUUGCUUUGUCCGACCCAACGCCGUUUAACACAGGAGUCUCUUCAGUCCACAGACCGGUCGGGUGCGACGUAUUGUAUAUUAUAUUAAGUUCUAAGCAACUACUGUUAGCACCAGCUACAGAGAGCGUGGGAUGGAAAGAAGGUGGAGCUUCCGAUGAGAAAAAAAACAAAAAAGUGUCACACAGCUCGAUCACAAUCGGAGAGACAAGCCGCCAGACAAUCGAAUCUUCGAUCAUUCAAGGUGCAACAGAAAUGCAUCUUUUAUCUUUGUGGACAUCUGUGGCUUUGAUGAUCAGUCUUGUUGUGACAUCGGAUGAAAAUCUGUCACGUUACUGUGGUAGAACCGAGUACUUCGACUUUGAGGGUGAUGAAUCCUGCAAACAAUGUCGGGAAAGGUUCCCAAUCAAACCAGGUUUUGAGUUCUCUAGAAAUUGUGGCAUUGACGAUUUUGGCAAUAGCCCUCUGAACACCUACCAGGAAUGCAGAAAUGGAACCUACAACAAUGGGGAGUUUGAUCUGUGCCAGCAAUGCAGCACCUGCCAGGCUGAUGUGGAGAGAAUCAUCUGCAGUACAACUCAUGAUACGCUGUGCUGUGCCUCUGGAGAAUGGAUAGAGAGUGGGCUGUGCCCGCCUGCCUGCUGUCACUGCUCAGAACGAAACCAACAAAUCUCAAGGAGUUCAUUUUGUCCCAAAACGCACUUCAACUGCAAGCAAGUGGAAGGCCAGCCAUGUCAACCAGAAGAAGAGACAACUUUUUCCAUCACUGUCAGCACUACGAUCCCAAAUCUACACAGAUUAGAUCUAACAACAAACCAAAGCAUAUCAGGGCAAACUGCAACUCCAAUCUUGACAGAGCAAACUACAAAAACAACUCUGACAGAGGAGCCUACAAGUCCAAACUCUACUAACACUGGUAAGUCUGGAAGCAGUAAUGUUGAGUAUUUGAGGGCAAUGGUUGUUCUGACCAAAACAUGGCAUAGAAUGCUUUCAAGUGUGGAAUAUUGUUUCUUAUUUUCUGUUUCUCUUUUAGCAGUUGCCCUGCCUGUUUUCUUGACUCUAGCUAUCUUGUUGAUUUUUUUGGUGAUCUUCUGUGUCUACAAAUGCUGGGCAAAAAUGAAAGCUGCUCCGAAAAUGCCUUCCUUGUACUUUCAUGAAGGUGGACCACACUUGGACCAGGACCACCUACCCACAGAGUCAGCCCCUAAACAAAUCCUUCGGCAGCCACUGAUGAUGCCACAAGCAAAUGGACUGCACAGGGAAGACUCAGUUGACAAAAUCGACAUAAAAGUCAAUGAUUUAAAAUACGUGCACCAGAACCAUCUACCCAAGGAGUCGGCUUCUAAACAAGUUCUUCAAAAGCCGCUGAUGAUGCCACAAGAAAAUGGACUGCACAGGGACGAUUUAAUCGACAAAAUCCACAUGGAGGUCAAUGGAGAGCCUGUCAGUCUGCCUAGGAGGGACAACAGUUUGAAUGAAAUACUUGGUUCAGAGCUGCACACGGCCCCUUUACAGACAGUCCUGAACAACUUGGAUGUUCUCGAGGAACUCAUCAUGCUGCUGGAUCCAGAGAUUUCUAACACCAAGAGCACAAAACAUCUGGCUUCACGAUGCCAGUUUCCAUCUACGUGGAUCAAUUACACUUAUUCUAUGAAGGACAGCAAGAGCCCCCUUAAGGUUCUAUUAGAGGCAGUUUCAGCCAAGUGGCCAGACUGGACAGUGGGGCAGUUGGCUGUGAUGUUAUCUGACAUGGAGAGAAAUGAUGCUGUGAAAGUUUUAACUAAGCUCUCUCCAAUCCAGCAAGAAGUUCUCUAAUGCCUGAUAACAUCGCAGGAGAGUACAUGAAGACUUUUUUUUUUCCAAAGUUUGGAAAAAGUACUUACUGUACAAGUUGUACUAGUUAACACAGUGAAGAAGACAACAGAGACACCAGCAUAUUCAUUGUGUUUACAGCAAGAACAGAGUAUCCAUUACUGCCUUAACCGCUUGAAAGAAUGGCUAACCUUGUUAUGUCACCUUCUCAAAGUGUUACCUGAGGCACAUUCUAAAGCGGCAGUGAGUUGUUUCCUGGAUCGAGACUCUGCAACCUGACCUCAGGUGGUCCUAAUGUAGCAUAUAAAUAGAAAAGCACACAACAUGAGAGUCUGUCAGAUAACACAGGACACUUCCUGGCACCCAAGCAUUAAACUCUUUCACGGUCAGGUACCCAAACUUCACCAUCCAUCCAUCCAUUUUCCAACCCGCUGAAUCCGAACACAGGGUCACGGGGAUCUGCUGGAGCCAAUCCCAGCCAACACAGGGCACAAGGCAGGAACCAAUCCCGGGCAGGGUGCCAACCGACCGCAGGACACACACACACACACACCCACACACCAAGCACACACUAGGGCCAAUUUAGAAACACCAAUCCACCUAACCUGCAUGUCUUUGGACUGUGGGAGGAAACCGGAGCGCCCGGAGGAAACCCACGCAGACACGGGGAGAACAUGCAAACUCCACGCAGGGUUCACCAUUGUCAAGGCAAUUCUCCUUUCAUAACCCUCCUUGGGUUAACUUAUUUUGUUCACAUGUGCUGUGUUAAGCUCAAAUAAUGCUCAAGACAGUAUUCUGCAGCCAUCUAGUGGAUAAUAUAAAAAUUAUACUGCAAAAGAAAAUCGCAAAUAAUUAUAUAUGUUCUGCCACUCUAUGAUAACUUAUCAAUAUCCAUGCAUGGGAUUUUAGAAUAAAUUGAAACUGAACCAUUAGUUGAAUCAAGGGAUUGAAAUGAGAAUGUGAACUGAUGCUAUGGCACUGAACCACAACGGAACCACAGUGAUAUGCCUGGUGAGCAAGUAGCUGUGUGGCAGAAAGGUGAAAUGAUUGUGAUCAAGUGGAAGGACAAGAAAGAUGUUAGCCCCCUAAGGAAAAUGUGUCACAGGAAAUGCAGAAGUCGCUAAGCCUACAAUAACACAUUGAGCACAUCAAUCAUGCAGAUCAGGCACUGGCAUUCUACCCUCUCGUGUACUUUAGAAAAAUAGAAUAAUUGCAAAUAAAGUACACAAAGAAACACACUACUGCUGUGUCGAUUGCAAGGGCAGGCUGUACAAUGGUGACUGUUCCUAAAUAUGCCUCACGAUGGACGUGUACAAAAUCUGCAUCAGUACAGCAGUGGUCACUAGAAGUUCCUUUCUUAUUGACACUAUGGUAGUUACGUGCUUCUGUUAUGCAUGACAUUUUUUUGUCUCUCUAUUAUAAAAAAAAAUCCUGGAAAGGAAAAGCAGGGCGACGAGACGUGAUCUUCUCGGAAGUUCUCGGAAGACACUUAAAAGACCCACGAGACAAAAGAGACUGGCCACGGAGCGCCUCGCGGGGACCGUAAACGUGAGACUUGGUGCCAAGAGAUUGUCCCAGGGUCGUCUCGUGGGGACGUGGAACAUGAGAUUCUUGCAAGUCACACCCUACUUACAAACAAUAUCAAAUAAGAGCACGGCCAGCAAAACACUCAGUCUUGUAAAGGCACGUAGCACACACAGAUCCUGUGCUCUCAGCACAUAUAAAGCAUAUAAGGACAAUACGUUCUAGAUGAAACGUCAACGACUAAGCAAAGAAGAAAGAGCAGCGUGGAGAAAAGAGA